UCUUCUACGAAUGUUACAAUGUCGCCUGGCGCUGCUGCUAAUAAGGCUACCUCCACCUCCAAUUCGUCCAAUAUAGGUUCAUACAAAAUACUGAUUGUUUUAUGAAUUCACAUUCAGGAUGUACAGUAGGUAUAUUUUUUUGCCACCUUACUCUCACACUAAAUGUUGUCCUUGCUAACACAGGUAGUGGAACCACGAGCACGGACAAUACCACUUCAUGGGGCACCAGUGGCAUGACCAUGGUGAGUCUACUAGUUUAGUAGAUUUAAUGUAUGAUAUGAUAUUACCUUAACACUUUAUUUGAAGGGGGUAUACAUAAAGCAUUUAUAACACCUUUAUGAAAACAAUCGUGACACCUUUGUGAAUGUUGCAGUAUCAUUUAUAACAACAUUCAUUACACAUUUAUUCAACAUCAAUCAUAAGGAGGCCACCAAGUAAAUAGUCCUUGGAAUUAUUGGAACAAAUUGUCUUAGAAAAUAAUUUAGAUUAAUUUGCUGGUAUGCACCUUCUGCCUCAUUGAAGCGUGUGCAUCAUUUCCGUUAUGUUGUCAUUUAACCGAUCAAUAUAAUGUGUUCUGUGGUUUCCAUGGCACCGUAAGGUAGCCUAAACAAAGAGCUCUGUAUAUUUUGUACAUAUUUUUAACAAUUUUAAGAGUUUUUUGUUUUUGCUAAGUCAUUUAGUGUUGAUUGGGUAUAUCUGGUUGUUUUCACCCAUGGAGUUGAAGGACUGAUGGCACGUCUACUUGUGUGGUUUGACUAUAGCUAGCUAGCUGCCGGCGAAUGUUUUCAUUUGAAAGAUCUCACUAAGCUUCUUGACGAAUGAGACCUGACUGCAUUUUGGAAAUGGGGAUGACUAGAUCUGGACUGAGGUGUGGUGAGCUUUUUUGUGCCAUAGCAGCUGCAGAGGCAUCACCCAAGUGAGUGCUACUCGUUAGUUGUGGAGGAGUACUUACUGAGCCCAGGCUACAGAGAGGUUGAGCUGAGGACGACAUCAGGGCCAGCAAGCCAACUGCCUCAUCUGUCAUCGAUCAUCUGGUAUCACCAUCAUCAGAUCAUCUAGCCUAACUCCAGGGGGGUUUCAGAAACACCAGUCUCUGUCAUAAGCGGGUACACUCUGUUGUGAAGGAACUCUCAGAGCUGGCUUCAUCACCAUCAACAUCAAUUUCUUUGUUUUGUUAAUUUACCUAAUUGUUAUUAUUACUUUAAUUUUUCCUUUUUAUCAUUUGACCUAUACUGCAAUUCAGCUUUUAGCUGCAAAUGUGUAGCCUACAAGAUUAAACGAACCAAAUAAACAAUAAACCAUUCAUAUAUAACAAUAUAUUCCACUCAUUAUCUGAAUUUCAUUGAUACACUGUAACCUGAUUAAUUUUGUCAAGCAGAGAGACAGGUCAUACUGUAUCAAUUUUUGAUAUAAAUGUACAGCUGAUCUGUGUAAUGCAGACUUUAUGUAUGCUGUAUAAAGACUUUCUAAGUUGUACUUAAUUCAAAGUGGGAAUGAUAUUACUGUUUUUAGAUUGUUUAGAGAAAGCAUAGAUAGAUGCGGUGCUCAGUGUCUGACUCUCUCUUUCUCGCUCUCUCUCUGAAAUAGAUAUCCUGUCGCCAGUUCUCCUGUAACUACUCAGACUGCUACAGUGUGUACAAGAAUAUUACUGCUUUUUCAUGCGAUGCUAAUAUCACCUUCUGUGAGGUACAGUAUACUCUAGACGUGUAUUGUCGCAUUGUAGAAUUUGAAUAAUACAGAUUCUCACAUUUCUUACACAACUUGAGUUAUUUUUGUCAUUAAUUCAUGUCACACCUUUUUUAUAGAUAUAAUAUAAGCCCCACUAUUAAAAGUUAUUUACAACAAAUAUACCGGGAAUGUGGUUUAAUCUUAUAUUCCCUUGUUUAACAAUAACAAAACAUGUAUUUGUUUUUAAGAGUGUGCUAAUAAAAUGUGUGUGACACCUUCUCAGCUGAGGAGACAGGAAAACAUGACUUACACCAGUGGCUGCACUGCCUCCUGCAGUAAUGUCUGUGUCAACAACACUCAGACCAACUGUACAAUGGGAUGCUGCAACUCCACUGGCUGUCUUAGCUCUACCCUGGCCUCCAUGGAUCUCACAAACACUACAACAGGUAAACCUUUUUUAUUUUUACCUAUCCAUUUUUUUUGCAAUAAAGAAAUGGUUUUCCAAGCAAGAAAAUCAAUGUCCUGUUGUCUGCAGUUGACCACUGUUUUAAACCACUGCCUCUGGAUCACAUAUACUGUGUACCACUGCGAGCAUGGGUUCAAAUCCGACCCACUGCUCAAGCACCCUCUCUCCUCCUUACUUUCCUUUCUAUCCAUCCUGUCUAAUAAACACACAAAAGUGGGACUACCCCACUCCAUAAAAAAAUAAAAAUGUCCUGAAUUUGAUAUAUAAGUGCCCUGUAUUAUGACUGUUUUCUAUGCUAUUCUGCAUUUCUUCCGUUUCCUUGUAAACUGUGAGCAAGACUGGUGUCCUUAGUGUUAAAGUUGUUGAGCCUGUCCUAAUAUGGAUACCGUAAAAACCCUGUCUUUUAAUGUGAGGGAUUCAAUCUUACAUGUAUCACCACCACAUCAAUUGGGAGGCUGUUACUGCAUGAAGCUGAGCUAUGUCUGUUGGUCUGUUGAACUAUUAGUUUUCUGACAAUGCAUGGUAUCUUAUCACUAUUCUUUAAUUUCAACACAUCUGUAAAACAUGCUAUUUACUUUGAAUAAAUCUGAAUUGCAUUAUAUGAGCAUGAAUGUACUAUAUACAGUAUUGAUGCAUGAGUCAUCUCAAAGAGACUUAUGUUAAUUGUUCCUCCAGUGACUACAGUGAUGAUGACCACCACCACAACAAAAGCAGCAGCCACCACUACAACUGCUGAACCAACCAAUGUAAGAAGUCGCUUUUGGGCAGCAACUUGAAGUUCUCAGGUUGAUGCAGGCCUACUACAGUAAAUUUCACAAUAUGCUAGGGUACAUUUCUAUACACAUUAAAGGGGCAAUCUGGGACUCGUCUGUCUGUCUGUGUGUGUGUGUGUGUGUGUGUGUGUGUGUGUGUGUGUGUGUGUGUGUGUGUGUGUGUGUGUGUGUGUGUGUGUGUGUGUGUGUGUGUGUGUGUGUGUGUGUGUGUGUGUGUGUGUGUGUGUGUGUGUGUGUGUGUGUGUGUGUGCGUGCGUGCGUGCGUGUUAGGGUUGUGACGGUCAUGUAAUUUUGGAUGACAGUCAUUGGUCAGCCAAGUGACCGCGGUCACCAUUAUAAUAGUUUUAAAGACGCACAUUUUCUGCUCUCCUCCGCUCCUGACUAAGUGUUGCUGUUGUAUGGAGGGGGCAUUGUCUAGGCAACUAAAGACACCUUGCUUGUUUCAGUUUAAUCACUUUGUAGAGUCCAUGUUACCUUGGAAACGGACUUAACCGCAUGAAUGCCUGGCCGUCCCGACUUCAGUCAGUUGUUCGUUCCAUAUAUAGUGUUAAUUUAUGGCUGGUUAUGACACCUACAUAAAAGUGUCAAAACCCACAUUUAUUCAAAUUAGUUAUUUCCCUGCCAAGAAGUUUGUUCUUGUUUGAAAGGUUGUUUCUUAAAUAAUUUGUUGUUGUUGUAAUGAAUUCUUUACAGUCAUGUUUAUUUCAUCAUAUUUUCAAUAACUUGUAGAAAAUACACAUUAUGAUACUGUCAUGAAGCAUUAUGACCAUCAUAAUCAUAUAAGCCAGAUAGGCCUAUCACGUACACUACCAGUCAAAAGUUUGGACACACCUACUCAUUCAAGGAUUUUUCUUUAUUUUUACUAUUUUCUACAUUGUAGAAUAAUAGUGAAGACAUCAAAACUAUAAAAUAACACAUAUAGAAUCAUAUAGUUACCAAAAAAGUGUUAAACAAAUCAAAAUAUAUUUUAUAUUUGAGAUUCUUCAAAUAGCCACCCUUUGCCUUGAUGACAGCUUUGGACACUCUUGGCAUUCUCUCAACCAGCUUCACCAGGACUGCUUUUCCAACAGUCUUGAAGGAGUUCUCGCAUAUACUGAGCACUUGUUGGCUGCUUUUCCUUCACUCUGCGGUCCGACUCAUCCCAAACCAUCUCAAUUUGGUUGAGGUCGGGGGAUUGUGGAGGCCAGGUCAUCUGAUGCAUCACUCUCCUUCUUGGUAAAAUAGCCCUUACACAGCCUAGAGGUGUGUUGGGUCAUUGUCCUGUUGAAAAACAAGUGAUAGUCCCACUAAGCCCAAACCAGAUGGGAUGGCGUAUCGCUGCAGAAUGCUGUGGUAGCCAUGCUGGUUAAGUGUGCCUUGAAUUCUAAAUAAAUCACAGACAGUGUCACCAGCAAAGCACCCCCACACCAUAACACCUCCUCCUCCAUGCUUUACGGUGGGAAAUACACAUGCAGAGAUCAUCCGUUCACCCACAACGCAUCUCACAAUGACACAGCGGUUGAAACCAAAAAUCUCAAAUUUGGACUCCAGACCAAAGGACACAUUUCCACCGGUCUAAUGUUCAUUGCUCAUGUUUAUUGGCCCAAGCAAGUCUCUUCUUAUUAUUGGUGUCCUUUAGCAGUUGUUUCUUUGCAGCAAUUUGACCAUGAAGGCCUGAUUCACACAGUCUCCUCUGAACAGUUGAUGUUGAGAUGUGUCUGUUACUUGAACUCUGUGAAGCAUUUAUGUGGGCUGCAAUUUCUGAGGCUGGUAACUCUAAUGAUCUUAUCCUCUGCAGCAGAGGUAACUCUGGGUCUUCCAUUCUUGUGGCAGUCCUCAUGAGAGCCAGUUUCAUCAUAGCGCUUGGUGGAUUUUGAAGAAACGUUCAAAGUCGAAAUAUUCUGUAUUGACUGACCUUCAUGUCUUAAAGUAAUGAUGGACUGUCAUUUCUCUUUGCUUAUUUGAGCUGUUCUUGACAUAAUAUGGACUUGGUCUUUUACCAAAUAGGGCUAUCUUCUGUAUACCCCCCCCCCCCCCCCCCUACCUUGUCACAACACAACUGAUUGGCUCAAACGCAUUAAGAAGGAAAGAAAUUCCACAAAUUAACUUAACACCUGUUAAUUGAAAUGCAUUCCAGGUGACUACCUCAUGAAGCUGGUUGAGAGAAUGCCAAGAGUGUGCAAAGCUAUCAUCAAGGCAAAGGGUGGCUAUUUGAAGAAUCUCAAAUAUAAAAUAUAUUUUGAUUUGUUUAACACUCUUUUGGUUACUGCAUGAUUCCAUAUGUGUUAUUUCAUAGUUUUGAUGUCUUCACUAUUAUUCUACAAUGUAGAAAAUAGUAAAAAUAAAGAAAAACCCUUGAAUGAGUAGGUGUGUCCAAACUUUUGACUGGUACUGUAUAUACAGUACCUUUGGAAAGUAUUCAGACCCCUUGACUUUUUCCACAUUUUGUUACGUUACAGCCUUAUUCUAAAAUGGAUUCAAUAGUUUUUCCCCCUCAUUAAUCUACACACAAUACCCCAUAAUAACAAAGCAAAAACAGGUUUUUAGAAAUCUUUGCACAUUUAUUAAAAAAAGAAACGGAAACAUUAAAUGUACAUAAGUAUUCAGACCCUUUACUCAGUACUUUGUUGAAGCACCUUUGGCAGCGAUUACAGCCUCGAGUCUUCUUGGGUAUGACUCUGCAAGCUUGGCACACCUGUAUUUGGGGAGUUUCUCCCAUUCUUCUCUGCAGAUCCUCUCAAGCUCUGUCAGGUUGGAUGGGGAGCAUUGCUGCACAGCUAUUUUCAGGUCUCUCCAGAGAUGUUUGAUCGGGUUCAAGUCCAGGCUCUGGCUGGGCCACUCAAGGACAUUCAGAGACUUGUCCCUAAGCCACUCCUGCGUUGUCUUGGCUGUGUGCUUAGGGUCGUUGUCCUGUCGGAAGGUAUACGUUCGCCACGGUCUGAGGUCCUGAGCGCUCUCCAGCAGGUUUUCAUCAAGGGUCUCUCUGUACUUUGCUCCGUUCAUCUUUUCCUCAAUCCUGACUAGUCUCCCAGUCCCUGCCGCUGAAAAACAUCCCCACAGCAUGAUGCUGCCACCACCAUGCUUCACAGUAGGGAUGGUACCAGGUUUCCUCCAGACGUGACGCUUGGCAUUCACGCCAAAGAUUUCAAUCUUGGUUUCAUCAGACCACAUAAUCUUGUUUCUCAUUGUCUGAGAGACUUUAAGUGCCUUUUGACAAACUUCAAGCGGGCUGUCAUGUGUCUUUUACUGAGGAAUGGCUUCCGUCUGGCCACCCUACCAUAAAUGCCUGAUUGGUGGAGUGCUGCAGAGAUGGCUGUCCUUCUGGAAGGUUCUCCAAUCUCCACAGAGGAACUCUGGAACUCUGUCAGAGUGACCAUCGGGUUCUUGGUCACCUCCCUGACCAAGGCCCUUCAGCCCCGAUUGCUCAGUUUGGCCAGGCGGCCAGCUCUAGGAAGAGUCUUGGUGGUUCCAAACAUCUUCCAUUUAAGAAUAAUGGGGGCCACUGUGUUCUUGGGGAUCUUCAAUGUUGCAGAAUUUUUUUGGUGCCCUUCCCCAGAUCUGUGCCUCGACACAAUCCAAUGUCUUGAGCUCUUCGGACAAUUCCAUCGACCUCAUGUCUUGGUUUUUGCUCUGACAUACACUGUCAACCGUGAGACCUAAUAUAGACAGGUGUGUGCCUUUCCAAAUCAUGUCCAAUCAAUUGAAUUUACCACAGGUGGACUCGAAUCAAGUUGUAGAAACAUCUCAAGGAUGAUUCAUGGAAACAGGAUGCUCAAUUUCGAGUCUCAUAGCAAAAGGUCUGAAUACUGAUGUAAAUAAGGUAUUUUUUAUAUAUUUUUUAAAAUAUAAAAACAUGUUUUCAUUUUGUCAUUAUAGGGUAUUGUGUGUAGAUUGAUGAGGAAAAAAAAGAAUUUAAUCCAUUUUAGAAUAAGGCUGUAACGUAACAAAAUUAUUCACACCCCUUGACCUUUUCCACAUUUUGUUGUUACAGCCUGAAUUUAAAAUGGCUUGAAUUUAGUUUUUUGUCACUGGCCUUUUUUUUGUCAUUUUUACAAAUUAAUAUAAAAUGAAAAGCUGAAGUGUCUUGAGUCAAUAUGUAUUCAACCCCUUUGUUAUGGCAAACCUAAAUAAGUUCAGGAGUAAAAAUGUGCUUAACAAGUCACAUAAGUUAAAUGGACUGACCCUGUGUGCAAUAAUAGUGUUUAACAUGAUUUUUGAAUGACUACCUCAUCUCUGUACCCCACACAUAGAAUUAGCUGUAAGGUUCCUCAAUCAAGUAGUGAAUUUCAAACACAGAUUCAACCACAAAGACCAGGGAGGUUUUCCAAUGUUUCGCAAAGAAAGGCACCUAUUGGUUGAUCGGUAAAAAUAUAAAAAAGCAGACAUAGAAUAUCCCUUUGAGCAUGGUGAAGUUAUUAAUUUCACUUUGGAUGGUGUAUCAAUACACUCAGUCACUACAAAGACAUAGGCAUCUUUUUAUUUUUAUUUUUAUAAUUAUUAACCCAUUCCUGUUCGGAGCACAAAUAUAUUAUUUUUUUUUACAGCUUUUCUGCUACAUAUACAUUUUACAUACACAUUUUGCAUACACAUUUUACAUACAUGCUACUUUUAUAUAAAGCAGUCACAUAACAAUAAUACAUUACCAAGCAUAAACUCUUCAAUCCCACCCCUCAGCAACUCUCAGCCCAUCCCACCUAUCACCAUAGACCUUCCUCGUUUGGUUUCCAUGUGCCAUAUAUUUUCCAAUUGUGCUGUGAUGUUUUACAUACAUUUUCAACCUUUCUAAUGGUAUAGUGUCCACAGAUUGUGAACUUAAGAUGAAAACCUUUCCUACGAGUAUUAUUAUAUUGUUUAUUGACUGACUAUGGCUUUCCAAAUCGCCCAACACUGCUAUUUGUAAGGUUAAUUUUAAGUGAAUAUUGUGAUUUUUUAACCAUUCCUGAACCUGUGACCAGAAACAAGCUACAUAGGGGCAAUAUCAGAAUAAAUUAUAUUGUGAUUCUGUCUCUUCACAGCAAAAUAUACAGAGCUGAGACUGUUGUAUGUCCCAUAUAUAUAGCAUUCUGUUGGUGGCAAGAAUUUUGUAUAAGAAUUUAAAUUGAAAAACUCUUAAGUGUUGAAUCAAGUGUUCUUUUUUGUACCAGUUCAUAAGCCAUGUGCCAUGCAAUCGGUACAUUGAAAAUCUCAGCUGUCAACAUUUUUGUCCUUAAAUGAAACUGGUAUAUUUUUCUAUUUAUGCCAAUUCCUUUCUUUAAUAUAUGGCAGGUAAACAAGUUCCCUACCUCCCUUUUCCACUUUCUUUUAAAUUUAUGUAAUUUAACCUUUAUUUAACCAGGUAGGCCAGUUGAGAACAAGUUCUCAUUUACAACUGCGACCUGGCCAAGAUAAAGCAAAGCAGUGCGAUAAAAACAACAACACAGAGUUACAUAUGGGGUAAAACAAAACAUAAAGUCAAAAUACAACAGAAAAUAUAUAUACAGUGUGUGCAAAUGUAGCAAGUUAUGGAGGUAAGGCAAUAAAUAGGCCAUAGUGCAAAAUAAUUACAAUUAGUAUUAACACUGGAAUGAUAAUGGAGGAGGCAAGAGAUGAUGUGCAAAUAGAGAUACUGGGGUGCAAAUUAGCAAAAUAAACACUUGCCUCCUCCAUUUUUGUAGUAAUGCUGCAAUCAGUUGUUUGUAAGUGUGGAUUGAGCAGAUUCCCAUAUAUUUUCGAUAGCUGCAUAUGUGACAUACCUCCUCUGUUUUUAUUCAUAAUAUCAUUAAUAAAUAUAAUAAACAUUUUAAACAUUUUUACCAUAAAUAAUGUUUUUUUAUUUAUCAUUAUAUUUGAGUUUAACCAUAACAUUUGUUAUAAUAUUUGUUAUAUCAUUUCUGGAGGAUAAAACUGAAAUUGUAACCAGCUUUGUAUGGCUUGUUUAAGAAAGGGCGAUACUUUAACAAAAUCUCAUUUUCAAUUAGUCGGAAAUGAGAAGUUGUAAUCUGUAUAAAGGCAAAAAGGCAAGUUUUGAACAACGGAUGAGCCUUUCUUAAUAACCCAUUUUGGGUUUAAGUAUAACUUAUGUAUGAGUGAAGCUUUUAGUGAGAGGUUUAAAGCUUUAAUAUUUAAUCAUUUUAGCCCCCAAAACUCAUAUUAAUUACGUAAAUAGGCACGUUUAAUUUUGUCAGGCUUAGCAUUCCAAAUAAAACGAAAUAUUUUUUGUCGUCUGGAGUAGGCAGUGCCAUUAGUAAGUAAGUUAACUGUGAUAGGACCAAACAGUUAAUCAAUGUGAUUUUUCCAUGAAUAGACAAAUGUUUACCUCUCCAUGGUUGCAGAAUCUUAUCUAUUUUUGCAAACUUUCUAUUGAAAUUGAUUGUGGUAAGUUCAUUUAUAUUUUUAAAGAUGUGAAUAACAAGUAUGUCUACCUCACCAUCCGCCCAUUUUAUUGGUAAACUACAAGGUAGUGUAAACACUGUGUCUUUUUAACGAUCCAAUGCGUAAUAUGGUACACUUGUCAUAAUUAGGUUUUAGUCCAGAGAGGCCAGAAAAGUGAUCCAGAUCUUCAGUGAGACUGUGCAGGGAUCCAGAUUGAGACUGUGCAGGGAUCCAGAUUGCGGACUUGAGUCAUCGGCAUACAUUGACACUUUUGUUUUUAUUCCCUGGAUUUCUAACCCAUUGAUGUUCUUCUUGGAUCUGAUUUUAAUAGCUAGCAUUUCAAUGGGCAUAACAAAUAGAUAUGGAGACAACAGACAGCCUUGUUUUACUCCUCUUAAAAGCUCAAUACUUUCUGAGAAGUAACCAUUAUUUACUAUUUUACAUUUGGGGUUGCUGUACAUAACUAUAACUCAUUGUAUAAGAGAUUCACCGAAAUUAAAGUAAUCCAGACAUUUAUAUAUAAAUUCUAGUCGUACUUUAUCAAACUCCUUUUCAAAAUCUUCUAUGAAGACCAGGCCUGGUAUCUUUGAUGUUUCAUAAUGUUCAAUUGUUUCAAGUAAUUGUUGAAUAUUAUCUCUAAUAUAUCGUCCAUGUACAAAACCUGUCUGAUCAGGAUGAACAAUAUCUGGUUAAACCUUUUUUAUUCUAUGUGCUAUGCAUUUCGCCAGGAUUUUCGCAUCACAACAUUGAAGUGUAAGAGGCCUCCAGUUUUUUUAAUGGACUAUAGGCAUCUUACCUAACGCAGUUGCCGGAGAGGAAUGAAACCGCUCAGGGAUUUCACCAUGAGUAUAAUUGUAGUUACUCCACAAUAUUAACCUAAUUGACAGAGUGAAAAGAAGGAAGCCUGUAAAAAAUAUUCCAAAACAUGCAUCUUGUUUGCAACAAGGCACUAAAGUAAUACUUUAGUGUCCUGAAUACAAAGUGUUAUGUUUGGGGCAAAUCCAAUACAACACAUUACUGAGUACCACUCUCCAUAUUUUCAAGCAUAGUGGUGACUGCAUCAUGUUAUGGGGGUUGAAUACUUAUCUAAUCAAGGUAAUGUAUAUUAGUGUUUUAUUUUUCAUAGAUUCUUUACAAAUGUUAUAAUUUUUCUUUCACUUUGACAUUACACCGUAUUUUGUGUAGAUCGUUGACACAUUUUUAUCCCACUUUGUAACACAACAAAAUGUGGAAAAAGUGAAGGGGUGUGAAUACUUUGUUUUUUUAAACGGUUAUGAAGGUUAUUUUAUUUUCAUGACUGUCUUCAUUCAUAAUCGUCAGUUACACGAUUAUACGGUAAUUGUGCCAGCCCUAGUGUGUGUGUGUGUGUGUAUGUAUGUGUGUGUGUGUGCAAACGACUCCAUGUCUGUGAAUUUAACAGCAUUUAUUAACAUCAUCCAUCUAUUUACAGAAUCUUAAGAAGUGCCAGAUGUUUCAGUGCACAGAGCAGAACUGUUACAAGACUUGGAUAACCAAAGAUCCAAUGCCUUGUCCCCUCAACCAGCCCUACUGUGAGGUAGGCUUAAUAGUGCACCCCCACUCUACCCUAUUCAUCAUUCUAUACCCAUACUAGACAAACUAGACAGGCUUCAUUGAACUGUAAAUGCUGUAGGCGACAAAUGUACACUUUAAGUAUUUGAUAACGAAAGAAGGAAAAUACAUUUGGCCACGACAAGAAUGAUUAUCUGUUAUCAUCUCAAUAACAUCACUCAGACAAGAGAUAAUUUCCUUUCGCCAAUCUCGUACAUCCUUAAACUCAUCAAACUCCAUCCAUUCCCAAUCCACGUUUCUCUUUUCAGCUGAAAAAGAAGACAGAUGGUUCAAUAACAAUGUGGAUUGGAGGCUGCAAUGCCAACUGCACAAGAAACACCUGGUGUACGACCACAGCAGAAACAUGCCACCAAGAGUGCUGCAACACCUCCAUAACCUCCUGCCUCAAGCUGGAUGGUACUCUGAACGUUCCUUCUUCUGCCACUAGAGGUCCUCACUUCCCUUUAGCAUUGGUCACUGCUGCUCUGCUGGCUUGUCUGCUCAGCAUUGGUUCUCUGGUUUAAACAAAUACCUUGACUUGUCCAUUGCAAAAAUGGUUUAAAACGUUUCCCGUUGUGUGACCUAAUGAACACAACCCUGAUGUGUCGACCCACUGAGCCAUUGCUUGAAUAUUAAACAGCGGUAGUAGUUAGCACAGCAAAACCUGGUUUCCAUUCCACAUGAAUACUAUACUGGUUGUAGGUCUAGCCUACUCAGUUUUUGUUUGUUUGUUUGUUUGUGUAUGAGAUGUAUUGA